CCUCCCUCUUCCUCCGCCACCUCCUCCUCAUCCUCUGCCUCACGUCCCAACUCGGGAGCGCCGCCGAUCGGUCGCCAGGAUUUUCCCCUCUCGGCCAAAACGGAGGAGGCUUGUCGCUCAUUGAGGGGAUAGGAUAUUAUGGAUCGGCUUCAAUGAAAGUCGCCAGGAUUCGCAUUCGUUGAUCGGUUCCGACUUGAAGCAAUAGAAACAACCCACGGAUACCUAAAGCCGUUUCCGCCCGAGCGACCGCAGCCAUGAGCGCAGGAGAGGGGCUAGAUGAGGCUGCAAAGGACGCGGCAGACAUAGCGGCGUUUUUCAAAUCGGACUGCUCUCUUCCAAAAUGUGAAUCCAAACUGGAUGGUCCUGGUCAAACCUCAGGGUUUCAUCGCAAUGAGGAUAUGAAGGCGAUUGAUGUGCUUCCUAUCCUCAAGGAGAAGGUUGCCUUUCUCUCAGGUGGCAGAGACAGACGUGGAGGUCCAAUUCUCACUUUUCCAGCACGGAGCAACCACGACCGAAUAAGACCUGAUGACCUCCGCAGACUUGUAGCGUACCUGGCCACUAUUCCAAACGAGGAGGUGGCCCGACAUGGCUUCACGGUCAUUGUGGACAUGCGUGGCUCUAAGUGGGACAGCAUCAAACCGCUGCUGAAGAUCCUGCAGGAAUCUUUCCCGUCUUGCAUCCACGUUGCCCUCAUCAUCAAGCCAGACAACUUCUGGCAGAAGCAGAGGACCAACUUUGGCAGCUCCAAGUUUGAAUUUGAGACAGUGAUGGUGUCCUUGGAGGGUCUGACCAAGAUUGUUGACCCUUCCCAGCUCACGGCUGACUUUGACGGCAGCUUAGAGUACAACCAUGAUGACUGGAUUGAGGUGCGUCUCUCCUUCGAGACUUUUGCCAGUGACGCAGCGCGAGCGCUGGCACGCCUCGAAGAGCUCCAGGAAACCUUGUCCCAGCGCGAUCUCCCACGGGACCUGGAGGGGGCUCGGCGGCUCAUGGAGGAGCACGCCGCGCUCAAGAAGAGGGCUACGAAGGCGUCGAUAGAGGAGCUUGAUACGCAGGGCCGAAGACUGCUCCAGAGGCUACAGCUACAGACUGCGGGGGUCGGGGGUGGCGGUGAAGGGGGUUACAGUAACCGUGGCGUUGGAGCCAGCGGAGACUCCAACGACCACCAUCAUGGUCUUCACGCACACGCAGACGCGCACAAUCUGGUUGCUAAAGUGACGGCGUUGUUGGAUAAGCUCCACGGGACGCGGCAGAAUCUCCAGCAGCUGUGGCACAUGAGGAAGCUGAAACUGGACCAGUGUUUCCAGCUGCGGCUCUUUGAGCAGGACGCUGAGAAGAUGUUUGAUUGGAUCAUGCACAACAAGGGGCUUUUUCUGACCAGCUACACUGAGAUCGGAGGGAACCACCAGCAUGCUGUGGAGCUGCAGACACAGCACAACCACUUUGCUAUGAACUGCAUGAACGUGUACGUGAACAUCAACCGGAUCAUGUCAGUUGGAAAUCGGCUCCUGGAGUCGGGCCACUACGCCUCCCAGCAGAUCCAGCAGAUCUCAGGCCAGCUGGAGCAGGAGUGGAAAGCUUUUGCAGCGGCGCUGGACGAACGCAGCACUCUGCUGGAGAUGUCUGCCAGCUUCCACCAGAAAGCCGAUCAGUACAUGAGCAAGGUGGAGCCGUGGUGUAAAGCGUGCGGAGAAGGAGAGCUGCCCUCUGAGCUGCAGGAACUAGAAGAUACCAUCCACCAUCACCAGGGACUGUAUGAACACAUCACCACUGCAUACUCAGAGGUGAGCCAGGAUGGCAAGGCCUUACUGGACAAGCUGCAGCGACCUUUGACUCCGGGAAGUGCCGAUUCGCUGAUGGCGUCGGCGAACUACUCGAAGGCGGUGCACCACGUCCUGGACAUCAUCCACGAGGUGCUGCAUCACCAGAGGCAGCUCGAAAACAUCUGGCAGCAUCGCAAAGUUCGCCUGCACCAGCGCCUGCAACUGUGCGUCUUUCAGCAGGACGUGCAGCAAGUGCUGGACUGGAUAGAAAACCACGGCGAGGCCUUCCUCAGCAAACAUACCGGUGUUGGAAAGUCUUUGCACAGAGCCAGGGCUCUGCAAAAGAGGCAUGAAGACUUUGAAGAGGUUGCACAGAACACCUACACCAAUGCUGACAAGCUGCUGGAGGCAGCAGAACAGCUGGCCCAGACUGGAGAGUGUGACCCAGAGGAAAUCUACCAGGCCGCCCACCAGCUAGAGGAUCGCAUCCAGGACUUUGUGCGGCGUGUCGAACAGCGUAAAGUCCUGCUGGACAUGUCUGUUGCAUUUCACACUCAUGUCAAAGAGCUGUGGACAUGGUUGGAGGAGCUUCAAAAAGAACUGCUGGAUGAUGUGUAUGCUGAGUCGGUGGAAGCAGUGCAGGACCUGAUCAAGCGAUUCGGUCAGCAGCAGCAGACCACCCUGCAGGCGACAGUCAAUGUUAUCAAGGAGGGAGAGGACCUCAUACAGCAGCUCAGAGACUCCGCUAUCUCGAGCAACAAGACCCCUCACAACAGCUCCAUGGCCCACAUUGAGAGUGUCCUGCAGCAGCUGGAUGAGGCCCAGGGUCAGAUGGAGGAGCUGUUCCAGGAAAGGAAGAUCAAACUGGAACUCUUCCUGCAGCUCCGCAUCUUCGAGAGGGACGCCAUAGACAUCAUCUCAGACCUGGAGUCAUGGAAUGAGGAACUGUCCAAGCAGAUGAAUGACUUUGACACAGAGGACCUGACCCUGGCUGAGCAGAGGCUUCAGCACCAUGCAGAUAAAGCACUUACCAUGAACAACCUCACCUUUGACGUCAUCCACCAGGGGCAAGAGCUGCUGCAGUAUGUCACAGAGGUCCAGACAUCUGGUGUGGAGCUGCUAUGUGACAGAGACGUGGACAUGGCGACGCGGGUUCAGGACCUGUUGGAGUUCCUUCAUGAGAAGCAGCAGGAGCUGGACCUGGCUGCAGAGCAGCACAGGAGACACCUGGAGCAGUGUGUCCAGUUAAGACAUCUGCAAGCUGAAGUCAAACAGGUUUUAGGUUGGAUCCGUAAUGGGGAAUCGAUGCUCAACGCCGGUCUCAUCACAGCCAGUUCGUUACAAGAAGCUGAGCAGCUGCAGAAAGAACAUGAACAAUUUCAACAUGCAAUUGAGAAAACCCACCAGAGUGCGCUGCAGGUGCAGCAGAAAGCAGAGGCGCUUCUUCAGGCAAACCACUACGACAUGGACAUGAUCAGAGACUGUGCAGAAAAGGUGGCGGAUCACUGGCAGCAGCUGAUGCUUAAGAUGGAGGACAGGCUGAAACUGGUUAAUGCAUCUGUGGCUUUCUACAAAACAUCUGAACAGGUGUGCAGUGUUUUGGAAAGCCUCGAGCAGGAGUACAAGCGAGAGGAGGACUGGUGCGGUGGUGCUGACAAACUGGGCCCAAACAGUGAGACGGAUCACGUCACCCCUAUGGUCAGCAAGCAUCUGGAGCAGAAAGAGGCAUUUCUCAAAGCCUGUACGUUAGCCAGACGCAAUGCCGAUGUGUUCCUGAAGUACCUGCACAGAAACAGUGUCAACAUGCCUGGCAUGCUGUCCCACGUAAAAGCUCCAGAGACUCAGGUCAAAAAUAUCUUGAAUGAGUUGCUGCAGAGAGAGAACAGAGUCCUCCACUUCUGGACCAUGAGGAAGAGGAGGCUGGACCAGUGCCAGCAAUAUGUGGUGUUUGAAAGAAGCGCCAAACAGGCCCUGGAGUGGAUCCACGACACCGGGGAGUUCUACCUGUCCACGCACACGUCCACUGGGUCGAGCAUUCACCACACGCAGGAGCUACUGAAAGAGCACGAAGACUUCCAGAUCACAGCAAAGCAAACCAAAGAGCGGGUGAAGCUGUUGAUCCAGCUGGCGGAUGGGUUUUGUGACAAGGGCCACGCCCAUGCCCUGGAGAUAAAGAAAUGGGUGUCCUCCGUGGACAAGCGCUACAGGGACUUCUCUCUCCGCAUGGACAAAUAUCGAACCAGCCUGGAAACGGCGCUUGGCAUCUCUUCCGAUUCAAACAAGGCUAGCAAAGAGCUGCAACUGGACAUCAUCCCAGCUACCGCUCCGGGGUCAGAGGUCAAGCUAAGAGACGCUGCCCAUGAACUCAAUGAGGAAAAGAGGAAAUCAGCAAGAAGAAAAGAAUUUAUAAUGGCUGAGCUGAUCCAAACAGAGAAAGCAUAUGUCAGAGACCUACGUGAAUGUAUGGAUACUUACCUGUGGGAAAUGACCAGUGGUGUCGAGGAGAUUCCUCCUGGCAUCGUCAACAAGGAACACAUCAUCUUUGGGAACAUGCAGGACCUCUACGAAUUUCAUCACAAUAUCUUCUUGAAGGAGCUGGAGAAGUAUGAGCAGCUUCCAGAGGAUGUCGGCCAUUGUUUUGUGACCUGGGCUGACAAAUUCCAGAUGUAUGUGAACUACUGCAAGAACAAACCUGACUCCACUCAGCUCAUCCUGGAACAUGCUGGACCCUACUUUGAUGAAAUUCAACAAAGACAUCGCCUUGCUAACUCCAUCUCUUCUUACCUCAUCAAGCCCGUUCAACGAAUCACAAAAUACCAAUUACUUCUAAAGGAGUUGUUGACAUGCUGUGAAGAGGGGAAAGGUGAAAUCAAGGAUGGCCUGGAAGUGAUGCUCAGUGUUCCAAAGAAAGCCAAUGAUGCCAUGCACCUCUCUAUGCUGGAAGGGUUUGACGGGAACAUAGACUCCCAGGGGGAGCUGAUUCUCCAGGAGUCCUUCCAGGUGUGGGAUCCCAAGACUCUCAUCCGGAAAGGCCGUGACAGACAUCUGUUUCUCUUUGAGAUGUCCCUGGUCUUCAGCAAGGAAGUGAAAGACUCGAACGGCCGCAGUAAAUACCUCUACAAGAGCAAGCUCUUUACAUCAGAGCUUGGAGUGACAGAACAUGUGGAGGGGGAUCCUUGUAAGUUUGCCUUGUGGCUGGGCAGGACGCCAACCUCAGACAACAAGAUUGUCCUCAAGGCAUCAAGUAUAGAGAACAAGCAGGACUGGAUCAAGCACAUCAGGGAAGUAAUCCAGGAGAGAACUGUCCUCCUGCGUGGAGCUCUGAAGGAGCCCAUUCACAUCCCUAAAGCCACUACUGCUAAACACAAAGGCAGGCGGGAUGGAGAGGAUCUAGACAGCCAGGGAGAUGCUAGCAGCCAACCAGAUACCAUCUCUAUCGCCUCCCGGACAUCCCAGAACACACUGGACAGUGACAAGCUCUCUGGUGGCUGCGAACUGACGGUGGUGAUCCACGACUUUGUGGCCAGUAACGGCAGCAGCAAUGGGGAGCUUACCGUACGCCGAGGCCAGACCGUGGAGGUUCUGGAGCGACUUCAUGACAAACCAGACUGGUGCUUGGUCAGGACCACGGACCGCUCCCCUGCUCAGGAGGGAAUCGUUCCCUGCUCCAUCCUCUGCAUUGCACACUCCCGGUCCUCCAUGGAAAUGGAGGGGCUAUUCAACCACAAAGACACAUUGUCUGUAUCCAGCAACGACGCCUUGCAGCCUGGGUCCAGCCACACUCUCGGACCCCAUAGCUCCCCUGGCCCCAAACGUCCGGGGAACACCUUGAGAAAGUGGCUUACCAGCCCGGUGCGAAGGCUGAGCUCCGGGAAAGCUGACGGACACGUGAAGAAACUCGCCCACAAGCACAAGAAAAAUCGCGACGGCACGAGAAAGAACAUGGACGCGAUACCUGGCUCGCAGAAAGACUCUGACGACAGCGCCGCCACGCCACAAGAUGAGACCCUGGAGGAGCGGAUGCGCAACGAAGGGCUGAGCAGUGGCACCCUUUCCAAGUCUUCCUCAUCAGGUAUGCAGAGCUGUGGCGAGGAGGAAGGAGAGGAGGGGGCCGACGCUGUCCCUCUACCGCCCCCUAUGGCAAUCCAGCAGCAUAGCUUACUGCAGCCUGACUCCCAAGAUGAUAAGUCUGCAUCUCGGCUGUCUGCUCGUCCCAGCAGUUCGGAGACACCGAGUGCCGCAGAGUUGGUCAGUGCCAUCGAGGAGCUGGUGAAAAGCAAGAUGUCCCUGGAGGACCGUCCCAGUUCUCUGUCAGUGGAGCAAGGCGACAGCAGCUCACCCUCUCUCAACCCCUCCGAUAACUCUCUGCUCUCCUCCUCCUCGCCCAUCGACGAGAUGGACGAGCGAAAAACCAACUUCCUCAAAAGGAGACACUAUGUGCUUCUGGAGUUGGUGGAGACUGAGAGAGACUAUGUCAGAGACCUGGGCUCUGUAGUGGAGGGCUACAUGAGCAGGAUGAAAGAGGAAGGAGUUCCGGAUGACAUGAGGGGGAAAGAUAAGAUGGUCUUUGGAAACAUCCAUCAGAUCUACGACUGGCACAAAGAUUUUUUCCUGGGAGAGCUUGAAAAGUGCUUGGAGGAUCCUGAACGGCUAGCUCCUUUAUUUGUCAAACAGGAGCGGAGGCUGCACAUGUACAUCGUGUACUGUCAGAACAAGCCUAAAUCUGAGCACAUUGUGUCAGAAUAUAUCGACACUUACUUUGAGGACCUUAAGCAGCGAUUGGGUCACAGAUUACAGAUCACAGACCUGCUAAUCAAACCAGUUCAACGGAUUAUGAAGUACCAGCUACUCCUGAAGGAUCUUCUCAAAGUUUCCAAAAAAGCAGGAGCGGAUACGACAGAGCUGGAGAAAGCUGUAGAAGUGAUGUGUGUGGUCCCAAAACGCUGCAAUGACAUGAUGAAUGUUGGACGCCUUCAGGGUUUCGACGGUAAAAUUGUAGCUCAGGGCAGACUGCUCCUGCAGGACACCUUCAUGGUCUCAGACCAAGAUGGAGGCCUCCUGUCCAGAAUGAAAGAGAGGCGAGUGUUUCUGUUUGAGCAGAUAGUUAUAUUCAGUGAGCCUCUGGACAAAAAGAAGGGCUUCUCUACGCCAGGCUACCUCUUCAAAAAUAGCAUCAAGGUGAGCUGCUUGGGUCUGGAGGAAAAUUCAGAUGACCCCUGUAAGUUUACGUUGAUCUCCAGGUCAUCCAGCGGUAACCUGGAAAGGUUCACCCUCCACUCCUCCAGCCCCGGGGUCAGUCAGGCCUGGGUCCACCAGGUCAGCCAGAUUCUGGAGAACCAGCGCAAUUUCCUCAAUGCUUUAACGUCACCCAUAGAGUACCAGAGGAACCACGUGGGAGGUGGAGGACCCCCCAGCAGUAGCAGCAGCAGUACAGGAGGUAGCAGCACCAACAGCACCUCCAGCAUGGGUGGAGGAGGAGGAGGUGGAGGGGGAGGAGGCGGUGGCUCUGGAGGAUCAGGGGGCAACUCCUCCUCCCUGUGCGGCCCUCGCUCCCGCCCAUCUCGUAUCCCACAGCCAUCCUCACGACUCCCCCAGCCCGUUCACCACCACCACCCCCCGGGCCCCGAGGGGCCUGACAGAUCAGCAGGUAUGUGGUCCCCCAGCCACCCGCCCCUUCCCUCUUACCCGUAUUCAGACAGCCCGACAAAUGGAGAGCUGCUGGCCUCUGAGGUCUUCACUCUGAAGAGGUCGGACAGUUCGCAAGGGAGUAACUAUAAUAACAGUAACAGGCUGGCAGAUAACACGGACGGGGGUCUGAGACAAACUUUUGGGGCGUACGAGGAAACCCAGACACAUCAAAAAACUGCAGUGCCACAGAUGCCAGUGGCUCCUCUGAGUUUUUCCCUCAGAAGCCCUCGAGUUGGGACAGUUUCCCCGCUUAUAUCCCCUCAAACCCCUGGAGGAGGAAAGGAACCGUUCGUCCCUUCAAGCCCGGCACAUAAAGGGAAUCCUUUCUGGGCUGUCGUUCCCCCCAUGCCUCCCUCUCCAGCCGGCAAGCCCGGUUCCUUCUCCUUCCCCAGUGACAAUAGCGGUGGUGGGGACUCCCUGGGCAGAGGAAUGCCGCCUUUCCUCCGCAACUCCGGCCACAGUAAGGAAACAGACAGAAUGAGCACCUGCUCCUCCACCAGUGAGCAGUCGGUAACAUCCACCCAGAGCAACGGGAGUGAAAGCAGUAGCAGCAGCAGCAGUGUGUCCACCAUGUUGGUGACCCAGGACUAUGUGGCGGUGAAGGAGGAUGAGAUCAGCGUGGUGCAGGGUGAGGUGGUCCAAAUGCUCGCCAGCAACCAGCAGAACAUGUUCUUGGUGUACCGGGCCGCCAACGAGCACUCCCCAGCGGCUGAAGGCUGGAUCCCUGGCUACGUGUUGGGACAUACCUCAUCCUCCACCACACCCGACCUCCCUGAAGGAACCAUCAAAAAAUCCCUGUCAUGGCACACUGCGCUGCGUAUCCGUCGAAAGUCUGAAAAAAGAGAUAAAGACGGCAGGAAAUUGGAAAACGGCUACCGCAAGUCCCAGGACGGCCUGGCUAACAAGGUCUCUGUCAAGCUUCUGAAUCCCAACUUCAUCUACGAUGCCCCCCCGGAGUUCCUCAUCCCUCUCAGCGACGCGUCAUGUGAGAGUGGCGACAGCGUCACCCUGAGGUGUAAGGUGUGUGGCCGACCUCGCGCCGCUGUCUCAUGGCGUGGACCCGACAAUAGCAUUCUGAGCAACAACGGACACUACAGCGUCACGUACAGUGAGACAGGAGAGGCAUCCCUGCAUGUCCUGCGAGUGUCUCUCGAGGACAGCGGCGUCUACACGUGUGUGGCCACCAACGUAGCGGGCACCGUCACCUCCUCCGCCGGCCUCACGGUGUCAGCUCCUAAUAACGGCAGCGAAGACAUCUGGAAAAGUAGUUUUGAGUCUUACUUCACAGAGAUCACUGAGCUUGGAAGGGGGCGAUUCUCAGUGACCAAGCGUUGUGACCAGAGAGGCAGUAAACGCACCAUCGCAGCAAAACACGUCAACAAGAAGCUGCUGUGUCGAGAGCAGGUGCUGCAGGAGAUCCGACUCCUCCAGACUCUGGACCAUCCAAACCUGGUCAGACUGCUGGACACCUACGAGACAGCCCACAGCUACGUCCUUGUACUGGAGAUGGCUGACCAGGGUCGCUUCCUGGACUACAUCGUGAGCUGGGGGAACCUGACUGAGGAGAAGGUGGCUUUAUACCUCCGAGAUAUCCUCGAAGCUCUCCAGUACUUGCACGGCUGGAAGGUAGCACACCUUGAUCUCAAACCUGAAAACAUCGUGGUGGAGCAGGUGUGCUCCCAGCCGGUGAUCAAGCUGACUGAUUUUGGUGACGCUGUUCAACUGGACCCUCAUUCCUCUCACAUCCAUCCCCUGCUGGGGAGCCCGGAGUUCUCUGCACCUGAGCUGGUCCUGGGUCAGCCUGUCUCUCUGACGUCUGACCUCUGGAGCUUAGGCGUGGUGACCUACGUUCUCCUGAGCGGCGCCUCUCCCUUCCUGGACGAAAGCCUGGAGGAGACGUGUUUGAACAUCUGUCGGCUGGACUUCAGCUUCCCCGAGGACUACUUCCAGGGCGUGAGCACAGAAGCCAAGGACUUUGUCUGCCUGCUCCUCCAGGGCGAGCUGGAGCGACGGCCCUCUGCUGGGUUCUGCCUGCAGUACCCGUGGCUCCAGCCCCGGGGCGUAGCCAGCGGCGGGUAUGGCCACGUGAAUCACAUGCAGCCUCCGUCGCCGAGUCACUACGGCACACAUCUGGACACCUCCAGGCUCAUCUCCUUCAUCGAGCGGCGGAAACACCAGAAUGACGUCCGGCCCGUUGGCGCCAUUCAGGCCUUCCUCCACAGCCGACUUUACAACCACACCUGACAGAGCGGUCAAAUCUGAUAGAAGACCACCAGGGGGGCCAGUCCACUAUGAACUCUUUCUCCUUCACUAAGCCACAGAAGUCCUGCUGCUGCUGCUGCUGCUGCUGCUGCUGCUGACUGACUGAAUGAUAAACUCCCACAGCCUAUUCUUACCUUGGCAUAUUUUCGCUAUGCCGGCACAACAAAUGACCUGACGGAAUCGAUUUGAGAUUUCAAACUUUGACUCAGCAGGGAGAAAAAAAAAAAAAAAAACACAGAAAGAAACGAGCUUUCUGAGCGAUCUGACGUGAGACGAGUAAAUCUCACGUUUGGACAGUGUUAAAGAAAAUAGAGUACUGUAUAUUAAGAACAAUUCAGGCUGCUUUCGGUUAAACUAAAGAGGACUUUUUUUUGUAACGAGAGAUUACUUUUUGUAAAUGAAAUCGUGUACAGUCGGGGAAAAUGGAGAACUGUCUUAAUUCGGCGGUUUUUGGAAAACGAAAGCAAGAAGGGGAAUGCGGACGCGAAGGGUCUCGUCGGUUCUGACGCAAGGUAGAAACUACCAAAAUCCUGUUUUCCAGAGAUACGUUAAAGCUACCGUUUGUGCAAUAGUUUUUGCUUAUCUUUAUCACCCCGAUUCAUUUCAGCCAGUCUUUUCGGAUUGUAACCUAGACAAGAACACAACUUGAACAAGCGUUAUAGUCAGCAAAGCUUUCCCGGAUCUCCAGCUGCAUCCGCCUUAGUUGUAAAUAAUCUUUUUCCUGCUUUACAAGGUUGUCCCUUUUUGUCCCCCUCCCCCUCUCUCCCUCCGCAGUCCCUCAAGAGUUUAUCUCAAAUGAAUUUACAACAAAACAAACAAACAAACAAAAAAAACAACAACGCUAUUUUGUGUGCAGAGCUGUAGUGAGUCCUUGCAGGACUCUAAAUGGUGGCUGGAUCCUCACGUUGAACAGAGACAGCUGCUAGAAAAUGCACUCGUUGUUCUGCAUCAGUUCUCAUGUGCAAUGUUGCAGCUUUACCAUGUAUGCAACUAUUUAUGAAGACUUGUGUUGUAGCCGUAUUCUUAAAAAAAAAAA